AGGGCGAGAGAGAGACGAAGGAGGACGAAGGAGAGAGGAAAGAAGACGAGAAGAGGAGGCCCGUUCGCGGUGGAGUCGCGACGUAUCGUUGCGCCGUAUCGAGGUUUAGAGGAGCGGUACACGUCGUCGCGUUAUCGGAAGCGAAAUAACGCGACGAGUCGUCCGGCUGGCGAGACGACUGAACACCGCCGACGCUCGUCCAGGGAAACAGAGAAAGAGGGUGGAGAGGAAGAGGGGGACAGAGGGAGUGAGAGAGAGAGAGAGAGAGAGAGAGGAGAGGGAGAUAGACGGAUAGAUAGACGGACAGAUAGAGAGAGAGAAGAAACGAGAGGGAGAGAGAGGGAGAGAAAUAGAAAGAGGUAGAGAGCUAGAGAGGGAGAGAGAGAGAGAGAGAAAGGCGGAAGGCAGGGAAAAAAGAGAAAACAUCGUGCCGUCUUUAUCGUCCGGGGCGUGGGUGCAGCGAACGCGAAUCCCUCGGACGAAACCGCUUUGCCGCGAGCAAACGACGAGCGGGAGCGAGGAAAAAGACGCGGAGAAAAAGAGAUGGUCGAGGACGGUACGGAUCCGUCGCGAGAAUCGAGUCGAGUAGCCUUUUCUUCUCUCGUCGGAACGUCUUGAGGAGGCCCGAGCAACGGUGUGGCAUCAUCGCGGGAAGUCGAGGAACGACGAGAGACGAGUAGUAGACGUUGCGCGUGCAACGGACGAGGAGGAGGAGAAGAAGAAAAAGGAAGAGAAGAAUAAGCAGAAGGGAGAAGAAGCGGACGAGGAGAAAGGAGAUCGAGAGAGCGGAGCGAUAUACGCGGAAGAGGAGAAACUUGGGAAAAGAAAGUUGGGAGCCGGGAAGGAUAUUAUUCGGCACGGCGAGCAGCGAUCGCCGCGGUGGUGGUCGUCGUCACGUGUAGCCGCGUGCGGGUGAAAACCGUGAGAGAGCGCGGACUCUGGAAAAGGAGCGAGACGAUUUCGCGGUCUCGAGCGGAAAGUAGCAGCGGAAAGUAGCAGCCAAAGACGGACACCGUGGGUCCGGCUAGCGGACGACGUUUACCUCUCUCUUUGUCCGUCGGCAGACUCGGCUGCGAGAUUUUUCCUUACGUCGAUCGAGCGUGGUGGUCGACGAGAAGAAGGAGGAGAAGGACGACGACGACAACGACGACGACGACAACGACGGCGAAGACGACGACGACGACGACAACGACAACGAUAACAACGACGAGAGCUCCGACGGUGGAUCGAGGAGGCGUUAUCAAGACCGGCCGCCGGAUAUCCUGGAGGACGAUGACGAUGGUGGUAAGAAGGAUCGCGAGCGGUAACCGGAGGACGAGUAGCACGAGAGGACUCGAUUGAAUCUCGAUCGAAACUCGAUCGAAUCCGCUCGAUUGGCGGCGAUCGUCGCCGCCAUCGCCGUCGUCUGUCGCCCCGUAGCCGGCGACCGUCGUCGGCGACCGACCGGGCGAGCCGUCGGUCCCGUCGUCGCGACGGUACCAGCGGAGAUCGCCUAUCGUUUUACCCUGCUAUACCGGUGUGACCAGUAGUAAUAUAAUAACACGCAGUGUACCAGUGAGUGUCGGUGCGAGCACGAGCGAGUGGCGCGGAAUCGCGCGGGAUCGCGCUAGCCUGCCGACGGCUCGCGCCUUCUCUCCGCGAAGCCGUCGGGGAGGGCGGACUGCUGUCUAGCUCGUCGUCGCUUUGCCAGCCAACGAAUCCACGCGAUUCCAUCGUCGUCGUGGUGGUCGUCGUGGUGGUCGUCGUCGUGGUCGUCGUCGUCGUUGUGGUUGUUCGAGUAGCGUCGCUGGCAGAGAACGACCGAGGAAACGACCGAGGUGCGUGGUGCGAGGGGAACCAAAGGUGAUCGUACCAUUUGCCUGGAGAAUAAUCGCGCAACGAUAAUCGACGAGGAUGCAGGUGGCAACGCUGUUUAGGGAGAGCGCCACCCUGCUGGGUGCCUCUAGCCUGGAUCCCCCGCAGACGCAUCAUCACCAGGCUAUGCAUCCUCAGCAGCAACAGCAGCAGCAACAACAACAGCAACAACUUCAACAACAUCCCGCGGACCUGCAUUUAGCUCAUCACAUGCAGCAUCACUACAAAUUAUCGUAUCCGUCGCCGGUGCAAAACGGAGGGCCGAACGUGACACCGAUGAAUUGCGGUUCUCAAGGAGUGAUGGUAAAGCAGGAAGCGAGGGAUGACGGUUACGAGACAAGUCCGGACCUCGAGAUGAGGAGCACCGGUGGUGACAGCAGUCAGCAGUACCACACGCCGCUGACACCGCACACACCGCACACACCACACACGCCGCACACACCCCUCACGCCGAUAUCGGCGACAGCGCAUCAACCCCAGCAACCUGGCUCGACCGCUUCCACCCUCGGACAGGUGGCGAUCAAGUGCGAGACCCCGGUGGACCCGUACUCGUUCGUCGACGAGGAAAUGUCGAUGGGCGGCAUAAGGACGGCGAACAGCCCGGUCGGCAAUCCGGAGAACAUGACGUGUCCGGCUGGAGGGCAAGCAGUCCUCGCUACGCCUACGUCCACACCGCCCGGCCCACUCUCCGGACCGCAACAUCUUCAGAUGAACCUCGGCGUGAUGAACGGCAACGUGAAUCCUCAGUUGGCGGCGCAUCAGCCAAAGAAGCGGGGCCGCAAGAGAAAAUCCGAAAUGAUUCUCACCCCGGAAGAGGCGGAACUGGCGGAGGCGAAGAAACGAGCAAAGACGUACAAAGAGAGGAAGAAGCACGACAGAUUCGACGGUAUGCCGGAAGAAGAGGUGAGCAAGCGGGUUCUACCGGAUCACCUGGCCAGCAACCUGGACAUUAUCAUAAUUGGAAUCAACCCGGGACUCUUCGCCGCUUACAAGGGCCAUCACUACGCCGGACCGGGAAACCAUUUCUGGAAGUGUUUGCACUUGAGCGGAUUGACACCCGAACCUUUGACGGCGGAUGACGACUACAAGCUCUUGCGCUUUGGUAUCGGUUUCACGAAUAUGGUGGCUCGCGCCACUAAAGGCAGUGCCGAUUUAACGAGGAAAGAAAUCAAAGAAGGCAGUCACAUUCUAUUGGAGAAAUUACGAAAAUACAAGCCGAAGAUCGCCGUGUUUAACGGCAAACUGAUAUACGAGGUAUUCUCCGGGAAGAAGGAGUUCGGAUUCGGUAGACAACCAAACCUGGUGGAGGGUACGAACACGUACAUGUGGGUAAUGCCAUCGAGUAGCGCGAGGUGCGCGCAACUACCGCGGGCGGCGGACAAGGUGCCAUAUUACGCGGCGCUGAAGAAGUUUCGCGAUUACUUGAACGGCACGAUCUCCCAUCUGGACGAGUCCGACAUAGUGUUCGCGGACUCGAAGCUGAAGAAGAAGGAACAGGAGGCGAUCGAGGAUAAGAAGCCGGCGUUUUGCGAGGAGCUGACGAACGAGGGAGACAGCAGGAUCGCGGAGGUGAACGGGACCGGGAUCAAGCAGGAGUCGAAUUCUCAGAUACCCGGGAAGAAAAAGAGGGGCAGGCCGAAGAAGAUCAAAAAUCCGGAGGAUCAACCGCCACCCGAUCCCGAGAAAUUAGACGCGAACGGCGAGGUGAUAAAGAAACGACGCGGACGACCGAAGAAGAUUCAUCAACAGCAGAAGCAACAGGAACGAGAGAUCAGAGAACGGGAACAGCAGCAGCAGCAGCAGCAACAGCAACAGCAGCAUCAAAGCAUGGCUCAUCUCGGAGACGCUUACGGGAGCGUGGUACCGAAUUGUUUCUCACCGCCCAAGACGUUCGCGCACAUGGCCCCGUAUCCGCAACCGAUCAACGAUUCCGGAUUCUACGGGCAAGGCAUCAACGACAGCCCUUACAGCAUAAACGCGAAACAGAGCCCGGUACACUUGCAGCAUUACAGCCAAAGCCCGAAAUCCAUGUCGCUCUCGUUUACUCAUUCCGAUCUGUCCUCGGAGAUCAAUACCGCGAUCUCUUCGGAGAACAAUCUCGAACCGUCGCCGUUGACAUCGCCGAGCGUCGAGCAUCCGGACUUUGAACCGCCCACCAGUAUCUCUCAGCAAAAUAUGAACAACGAUCAUCGCCAGUACAAUCCGGCCGGAAACGGCGAGAACACGGGUCAUCACGGUAGCCCGGGAACGCCGUCUCAUCCCAGUUACACCAGUUACAUGGGUUACCACGAGCAAACCUCCGAGCCCCAUAAUCCUCAUCCCCAUCAGACCACGCCGACACCGUUGAGCCAAACUACCGACGAACAUUCGCAUCAUUCCCAUCCGACUCCUCCGCACACGCAUCCCCACACGCCUACUCACGCCUCCAUGUCGCCUCACCACCAUCCGCACGAACAGUACGCCAUGAAACGGAACACCGGACAGGACGUAGCCUCGAAGAGUCUCAGCGACCUGGAAUCUCUAGUCGAUCAGAUACCGAGUAUAGCCGACGGCGGUAGUCAACGUCUUCAGCACUCGCAUCCCGGCAUCACCGACGAUGGAACACUCGCGGAGAAAAUGGAAGCGCAUCAUCAGUCUUACCUGUCAGGAUUUUCCGCAAUGUCCAAUGCCGGCAUGUCCAAUUACAGUCCUCCCUUGGCGCCCGCCGGUGCCAUCUAUCCGACCUCGUUGCACCAUUCUCCCAACGACGGUUACGCUUCUCUCUACGGCAUGAACGGACGGCAGCAUCAAGACUCGCAGCAGCAACAGCAGCAGCAGCAGCAACAGCAUCAACAGCAACAGCAGCAGCAACAACAGCAGCAGCAGCAACAGCAGCAACAACAGCAGCAUAGUAAAUCUUAUACCGUCGAAAAUCUAGCGUCUAGCAAUUACACGCCGAGCAUGAACCACGGACAUCCCGGUAACACCUAUCCGAAUAUAAUCCCAGGACCUCAUUAUCCCGUGCCGAUGGGAUCGACGAACGGGUACCUUUUCGGUGGCCUUGAGUCAAGCUUGAUGCAACGCACCUACGGGAUGAGCGGUAUGAGCGGUAUGGGGGGAAUGCACCCAUCCCUCGGCCAUAUGGCCAAUCCUUAUUCCUACAAUGGUUCGUACUCUAGUUCCUUCGACGCCUAUCCGGCCCCGCCGGCAGGGAUUCACGCGCCCAGCGCCAAUUAUCCCGGCGGUUACGCGAGCGUUGGUAGCGCGACGCCAGGUACUUCUACACCACCGUCUUACCUCCCUUCCCAUCACAGGCCGUCGGUCGACCUCGCUUACGACGGUGUAUGAUAAUCGAUGUAAAGCUAUUCCACGUACACACAUACGCGCAUAUACGCACGCUCGCACUCGCUCACACUUUGUCACACAAAUUCGCACACACCACUCGCACUCGCCUCUACACUGGCACACGUGCGCGUGUGCGCGUCGACACAAACACACAGACAUACACGAACACCCACGCGCGAACACGCACACACGCAGUUACCGACAAACACGAACCAACGGACGAACAAAUGGACGAAUGGACGGACGGACGGACGGACGGACGGAUGGACGGAUGGACGGAUGGACGGAUGGACGGACGGACGGACGGACGGACGGAUAAAAAGACAAACAAGCAGACGAUUCGAGCGCUACGUUUAUCUUUUCUACGUAUUUUUACACGUUUUAGGAUCCACGCGCCGGAACGAUCGUCUCUUUCUGGCGCCAUUUGCUACUGCAAUUUGCGCGCGCGUUUUCUUCCUCUUUCUCCUUUCACCGGUUUCUCCGUCGCUUCUUUCGCUUUCCUCGUCCUCGCGCACCACUCUCACCUGCAAUCUCCCGCGGGAUCCUCCCUUCCGAUUUUCCCUGCUUUUUCUUCCCUCGUCCGUCUCGAUUAACGAUUAUGCCGCGAGUAGGAACGAGCGCAGCGAGAUGCGCCGCUGCACCAAAGGAAAACGCGUGGAAAGGGAAAAGAAAAAAGGAUAAACAGGGCGAAAGGGGAAAGGACCGUUUGUCGCACGCGCUACGCAAUCAGGCUGUCGCAUUAUGUAAACGCGUUAAUAGGGUUUCGAAAGUGGCGUGCUCGUCGAGAUGCUAUUCGUCUGUUUUUCCGCAGUGAUCGCGCGCAUCGACCGUCGAUAAUGGGAGAAGUCGAAUGUUCGAGUUUCGCUCUUUUCCACCGAUUUUUGCAACGUUACUGUUACGCUUUCGUUAUUGUUGAGGGAAAAAAAAAAAACAAAAAAUUAUUCCGCCUGUUUCGCUUAACCGGCGAGCAUACGCGAGCAUCUGUUGCUGUUUCAACGAAUCGGUACAUGCAUUUUUCACCGAACGUCACUCGUUACUACUUUGAAAAUUUCCCGCAUACGCGUACCGUAUAGUUCUUGUUAUUUUAUCCUUUUUCCGUUUCUUGCGUUGUACGAGAGAGAGAGAGAGAGAGAGAGAGAGAGAGAGAGAGAGAGAGAGAGAGAGAGGG